AUGCCCGACCUCAAAGGCGGCUGUACCUGCGGCCGCAUACGCUACGAACUCGCUCUCAACAAUGUUGACGACGCCCGCACGACCCUCUGUCACUGCCGUUCCUGCAAGGUUGCACUGGGAGGGGCAUUUGGCCUAACUGCUAAGACACCCAUCGACAUGUUCAAAUACACGACUUCAGACAAGCCAAAGCUUUUCGUCCAAGACAACGGAGUGCAUAGGGAGUUUUGUGAUAAUUGUGGUGCAUUUCUGUGCGAGUAUGGCGAGGCGAACAAAGACAAGUUUCGCUAUAUCAUGACAGGCACGCUGGAUGAUGGUCCGGACGCGUUGCCUCCUAAAGGAGAGUUCUUUACGCGGGAUAGAAACAAGUGGAUGCCUCAAAUUCCUGACACAUUUCAGAAACACAAAUUGACUGAAUAA